AACUCCCCUCCGCACUUGUAACUCCAAAAUCAAAUCAAAUUUCCAAUCGUAGGGAAAAAAAACAAGGAAGAUGAGAUAUGGCGUUUCAAGGAGGAAGCGCGCUUUCGUGCGGUGGUUUCUAAUUCUCUGCGCUGCCUUUAUUUUCAUAAGCUGGCUGCUGCUGAAUCUAAGAUCCGUCGAUGAACAGCCAUUGACGACAACGGCGAAUGGAGCAAUUCUGGAUUUGUCUGCCCAGGUGGAGCUCAGGGAUGGAUUUUUAUCUUCUGCGGCGGGGCCGAUGAAAUCUUCGCCGAAGAAUUGCGCGACGGUGGAGGAAAUGGGGAACGCUUUUAAAUGGACGAUUUUGGAGGAGAGUCUUAGAGUUCGAAGAAUUAUUGAACGUCACUUUUCUAUAAACGGCGCUCCAAGAAUUCGUGAGCUUCCUCCAGAGCAGUUCUGUAAACAUGGAUUUGUGAUGGGGAAAUCGUCGGAAGCUGGUUUCGGGAAUGAAAUGUAUAAGAUGUUAACUGGUGCAGCAUUAAGUAUAAUGUUGAACCGGUCGCUGAUCAUUGGGCAAACCAGGGGUAAGUAUCCUUUUGGGGACUACAUAUUGUAUUCCAAUCACACCUUUACCUUGAGAGAAGUGAAGCAGCUUUGGAGACAAAAUGGCUGUGUACAAAACUAUGGAAGGCAUCUGGUAAUGAGGAUUGAUGAUUUUGAGAAGCCAGCAAAAACAAAUGCCCUCUGUAGCAAUUGGAGGAAGUGGCAGCAACCUAUUAUAUGGUAUCAAGGUACCAAUGAUGCUGUGGGAGCUCAAUUUUUCUUGAAGAACGUACAUCCUGAAAUGAGGGAUGCUGCAUCCAAGUUAUUUGGGAAGCCAGAAUCACUUCAACGGCACCCUAAUGUAUUUGGUGAACUGAUGAGAAUUCUCAUUUCCCCUUCAAGAGAGGUUGAGGAAGCAAUCAAUUGGGUUCUUGGUGGGGGUAGGGACCCUGAUAUUACAUUGCACAUGCGUAUGCUUAUGAAUAGGUCUAUAAGAGCUGCACAGGCUGCACUGAACUGCCUCAAACGAGCAACAAGCAGAUUACAGCCGGGGUCAAGACCCAGGGUGGUUGUAGUAUCUGAUACCCCAUCUUUCGUUAAAAGCAUUGUACCGAAUAUAAGUGAAUUUUCUGAGGUUCUUAUUUUCGAUUAUGAACUUUUCAGAGGUAAUAUGUCGUAUAAUACCAAGGCGUCAACAAAUUUGGACUUCAGAUUGAAAGAUUGGGGGCCGGCACCCAGAUGGGUUGCUUUUGUGGAUUUCUUUCUUGCUUCUCGUGCAAAGCACGCAGUUGUUUCCGGGGCACACAGGCGUGUUGGAACUACAUACGCGCAGUUAAUUGCUGCACUAGCUGCAGCAAACAGUAUAGGGGAAAAUUCGACGGCUUCAAAUUUUUCUUUCCUAAGCAGCUUCCAUGGUAAUCUAUUGACUGAAGGAUUGAAUCUUCAGGUGGGGUGGGGGCAUGUAUGGAACCGAUUUGCCGGUCCGUUGAGUUGUCGGGGGCAGUCGAAUCAGUGUGCUUUCACACCACUUCUGCCGCCGGCAUGGUGGGAGGGACUUUGGCAAUCUCCAAUUCCACGCGACAUUAAUCGGCUGGAACUAUACGGAGUCCAUCUCUCGGACAAUGGAACAAUAGAUGAAAACCUGCUCCGAUCAUAUUGUAGUUCUAGGAAAAAUGUUGUGAAAACUUUUAUUUACAUAUAAUAAGAUGUAAUUGCUGAA